CUUUUUGAAAAAAAAAUCCAACCAACCAAACCAUACCAUUUUUCACGAUUAUUAUUAUUUUUUUUUUGUGUUUUUGCUUUGUGCUUUGCUCCAUAGGCCUUUGUCUCCUGACUUAACAGUGUCUCGAGCAUGCCUUCCUCGAGAGAAGCCCCUUGCCUCCCUCGCUUUCUUCCUCUAAGCUCUGAGAUUUUGGAUCCAAUCCAAUAUGGCAGAGCAGAAGAAACCUCAAGCUACUGGUGCUUGGCCCGCCAUUAGGCCCUUUGUCAACGGUGGCGCUUCUGGGAUGCUUGCCACCUGCGUUAUUCAGCCUAUCGAUAUGAUCAAGGUGAGAAUUCAAUUGGGUCAGGGAUCUGCAGCUACUGUGACUAAGAACAUGCUUAAAAAUGAGGGCGUAGCUGCCUUUUACAAGGGGCUCUCUGCUGGACUGCUGAGGCAAGCUACAUAUUCCACUGCCCGUCUUGGUUCAUUUAAGAUUUUGACCAACAAAGCAAUUGAAGCCAAUGAUGGGAAGCCUCUACCUUUGUAUCAGAAGGCCUUGUGUGGGCUAACUGCUGGUGCUAUUGGUGCAACUGUUGGUAGUCCUGCAGAUUUGGCACUGAUCCGUAUGCAGGCUGAUGCCACUCUGCCUGCUGCUCAACGCAGAAAUUAUGCCAAUGCUUUCCAUGCCCUCCAUCGUAUUACUGCAGAUGAGGGGGUUUUGGCACUCUGGAAAGGUGCAGGUCCAACUGUUGUGAGAGCAAUGGCAGCGAACAUGGGCAUGCUUGCCUCUUAUGAGCAGAGUUCUGAGUUUUUCAGGGAUUCUUGUGGCUUGGGUGAAGCAUCUACAGUUUUAGUGGCAAGUUCCAUAUCAGGUUUUUUUGCCUCAGCUUGCAGUUUGCCCUUUGAUUAUGUCAAAACCCAAAUCCAGAAAAUGCAACCUGAUGCUCAGGGAAAGUAUCCUUACACUGGCUCUUUGGACUGUACCAUGAAAACUCUGAAGGCCGGAGGACCAUUCAAGUUUUACACUGGUUUCCCUGUAUAUUGUGUUAGAAUUGCCCCACAUGUCAUGAUGACAUGGAUAUUCCUCAACCAAAUCCAAAAGCUUGAGAAGUCUGUUGGGUUAUAGUUUCGUGAUGCUGGCUGACAUUUUCAACCGAAGUUUCAAAUAAAAAGACAUUUUGUUUGUAACUUUGGCAGGUUUUGGCACUUUAACGUAGGGCUGGAUUCGAAUCGAGUCAGCUUAAGUUUGGUUCGGUCGAACCCGAAACGAGCCGGCCUUAGUUACUCGCUAGAUUUUCUAAUUAAAAUUUUUAAUGCAAAAUGACGUCGUUUUGAUCAACAUGUAUGAAAACAUCGUUUUGAUAACGAAAAAUGAGCCGAAUUCGAGUUUGGCUCGAUCGAGCCCGAAACAAGCCGGCCUUAGCCGAGCUCGAGCUCAAACUCCAGCCAACUCUAUGUAAACCGAGCCGAGUCCGAGUUCGGCUUGGGUCGAAUCCAGCCCUACUUGAACACCUGUAAGAACCAAAACAUUUGUUUCAAAAUUUUUACAGGACAAUUGAUGUAGGACUCCAAAAAGUUGUCAUUAUUUGGACCAGAAAUUUUGUGUUACAAAAAUAGAAUAUUUUACAACUAGAGAGAGUUACUCUUUGAUAUGGUGAGAGAAAAAUAAGAUUUGUACUCUAUAAACAGGUAUAUUUUUGCUGAGUUUUGCAAUCGGCACCAAUUGAUUUUCAGAUGAAAUUGUUCAA